UUCAACCGGUCUGCUUCAGCGGUUGUGCAAAUAUUAGCAUUAGCCAACAGUAGUCCGCUAGUAUUCACCAAGUAGUGUCUAUUAUUGUGUUUACACCUAAGUUACCAUAUUUGUAUUCAACAUUUCUAAGACUAUAUUUGGGUAAUACAUCUGUCUUAAGAUCAAUUUCCCUCAUGAUUUGACUCAUAGUUUGAACCAGAUUGCUUACUAACAUGGAUGACAGCAAACAGACCUGCUCUCCCGAGGGAUCUGUAGACCCCUCUCUCGUGUCAGAAGAUGGUAAAAAUGUGAAAGCAGUGUUGUGCCAGAGAUGUGGCUCCAAAGUGCUCUGCCCAGGCAUGGCACUGUUUGCAGAAAAGGAGCUUUUUCUGCCUGCAAUGAAAAAGAAAACCUCCAUUGGUCAAUCAGACGGGACGUUGGAUGGGGACACAUUGACAGCUCACUGGCUGGUUGAUGACAUGUACACUUUUGAGAAUGUGGGCUUUACAAAAGAUGUAGGCAAAGUGAAGUUCCUUAUUUGUGCAGAUUGUGAGAUCGGACCCAUUGGUUGGCAUUGCCUGGAUGACAAGAAGAGCUUCUAUGUGGCAUUGGACAGGGUGAACCAUGAAUAGAGCACAUACUGAAAUCACUGAUGGGAAAAUUCUGUGGUAUUCGACUACAUGACACAAAUGGAUUUCAUAUUUUAUUAUGUUGGCAGAGUUCAGUUGGUUUUUGUUUAAUGUUUUCAUUCUCACCACACUGUAUGCUUACAUGUACCACUGCACCUGUCUAUCAUCAGUCUGCCAAAAAGAAAUGGAGACAAUCCUUUUAAACAUUCCUUAACACUGGUUCUUUCCAUCCUUCUUAUCUAGAUGUUUUGUGUAUGAAAAGAUUUCCCUGUCAUGUAACAAUAAUUCAUCAUUGAUCAUUUCACCAUUUCAGCUGACACUUGCAAUAUUAACUGAAACAAGUAAAAUAAAGCUGAUAACAACUAAAA